GUCCGGUUAUUCAACACAGAAGAUGCCCCGUGCAUGGCCAUAUCCACAGGCCUUGGGGGUGCCCCCCCAGCUCCAUCCACUAGUUUCCGAUCUUCCAUGGACGGCCCUCCGGGUUUUAGCCGACCUAAGAAAGUCCGGUGCGACUCCGCGGCAGUGGCGGCGAUGGUGACCCAAACUCCCUGGAAGUCUCCUGAAAAAGUGGAACUGGAGGCAGAGUGGCAGGUGGUGGCGGGGGAGGACAGUGCGCAGGUGGAGGUGCAGAAGCAGAGGGAGAUGCGCUCCUUUGAGGCCUUCUAUCCGAGGCCCUCAGCCAUUCCUGACUC